UUUUCGUUUGUGAAACAGAACAAGAACUUUUUUUUUGAAACACACUUUCUUUUGGGUUGUUUUUUUUGUGUUUUUGGUCGAUCAUGGCUGGAAGUGUGUCAUCGGCGUCGUCAACGGCAGGGUUGCUGCACUUUGGAACAUGCUCGUGGACGGACGAAUCGCUCGUGCGAUGCCACAAGUUCUACCCGGGCAACGUCAAGACAGACCGCGACCGACUCGCCUUCUACGCUUCGACGUUUCCCUGCGUCGAGGUCGACUCGUCCAACUACGCCAUCCCGAGCGAGGCCAAGGUCAAGGCAUGGGUCGAUGCUGUUCCCAAGGGCUUUCUCAUCCACUUUAAGGCCUUCCAGAUCUUCGCCCUGUCCAGCUGCCCGCCCAACGCGCUGCCCUACCUGGUCAAAGAAACCCUCUCCGAUCACCUCAAGCGUCGCGAAACAGUCUCGCGCACCGAUCUGUCCGACAUGCAAAUGUCCCUGCUUUGGGAGCACUGGAACACUUGUCUGAAGCCGGCGCACGAUGCUGGCAAGCUGGGCGUCAUCGUCUUUCAAUUUCGAACAAAUUUCCACCCGUCGGCGGAGAGUAAGCGGCAGUUGCUCGACAUCCGCUCGCGCCUCGAUCCGAAAUACAAGCUCGCGUUCGAGUUUCGCUCCCGUGCGUGGUUUGCGGCAGAGCAGGUCCAGGAUACAAUGGACUUUAUGAAGGCCAACGACCUGCCAUUGAUUCUUGUGGACGAGCUGGAGUCCGAGCUGGCGCCUGUUGGCGCUGUGGCUCGGCCGCCGUGGAGCUCUGAAGGUUCCAGCGGCCCCAGCAGCAGCGCAGCAGGAGCAACAGCAGCAACCUCGUCCGUGCAGCCUUCUGGUGCUGGCUCGAGCACUGCAAAUCCACCCAUCACCGAACCAGAUCGCCCUGGACGGGUGUCGCUCGGCCUGCACGUUCCCGUGCCAAGUCUGAUUUAUGUCCGCAUUCAUCGACGAGAAGGCACCGACCGUUUGCUUGGUCCUGGCGAGCUCCAACGCUGGGCCCAGCGUGUCAAGCACCUCCACGAGCAAGCCACUGGACCAAUCUACUUUUUGUGGAACACAAACUACGAAAACCAGUCAAUGACAAACGCCAAACGCCUCACCGAGCUUGUUCCAGAUCUGGUGUACAACUGGAAGUCAGAACGCUCUGCCGACCGCGGUACGCUGAUGUCCAUGUUUGGAAAAUCGCAAGCUGGCAGCAGCAGCAGCAGCAGCGCCAAGCCUGACGCUGCUGUGCCUCGUUCACAAGUUCCCUCCCAAGGUGUCAAGCGCUCGCACAAUGAAUCUGAGCAGGAUGACAGCGAUAACGUGAGUACGGUCGAGGCUGCCGCUCUUCCGACUGACGCGGCACCGCCGAACGACGAUGAUUCGAUUGAGAUUAUCUCGUCGCCUGUCGCGGAUGUGAAGCGUGUCAAGCUGGACUCUGCGCCAGCUCCAGCAGCAACAACAACAGCACCAGCUGCACCAGCUGCAGCAAAGCCAUCAGCUCCAUCGAGCCAUGCGUCAGUCAAAUCUGGCAAGGCAGCCGCAUCCCCAAUGAAAGGCCAGAAGGCCAUUUCUUCCUUCUUCCGGAGCGCUUCUUGAAGGGUUCUGCGUGUCCACGACUCUUCAAGUGUUCAGGCACCUUUCUGCUAUUUUUGCUCUCUCGAUAAAGAACCGCCCCCAAAAAAACCAAAAUGGGGAUCAAAUCAAGGAUGGUUGAUUCGUAGAUCAGCGAGUGUCAUGGCAAAAAAUGCAAUGUUAAUAGUCAGUUCUCAGGGUUGAUUUGUAUCAUUGAUGUUUGUUGUUUUGU